AAAGUCGCUUUACGUCAGUUUUUUACGACACAUACUAAACCCAAAUCACCAACGAAGCUCACGUGUUUAUUUAUGUUACAUACAUAAAAAUGGUGUCUUUAGACGACUAUCAGUUUUUAGAAAGCUUUAAAAGGAAACGCAUCCGGCUCACGACAAAAGGCAGCACGUUUGAAGGCACCGUGCAGCGCAUUAAUCUGAACAAAACAGUAAUAUUAGAGGACGUUGUUGAGGUUCAGAGCGGCAGCCGGUUUAUGGGAUCUAAACUCUUCUUCGGAAAAGAAAUCCUGAAUGUUGAAUUCGUUUCCUCAGCUAAAAAAGAUGCCCUGGGUGAUGAGGAUCAUGUUAAGGUGGACCAGCUGAGCUUGGGCGAGUUUCAGCCCUACAGGUACAAGCUGAUGGGUGGUGGUGAUGAUGAUGAUGAUGAUGAUGAUGAUGAUGACGACACAAAGCAGAUUGUGAAUUUCGUGGUUGUAGACGAGUUCCAUGAGAAGUUUGGUCCUGCAAUCAUACACAUCCAGAAGCAGAAGGUCAUCGGGAUUGGACUGGAUGGAGUGGGUUCUUUCCAGAAUGAGAGGCUCUGCUGGUUGCAGGUAGCUGUAAAAAAACAGGUGUACCUCUUUGACAUCUUGUUGCUUGGAGCUCGAGCUUUUAGAAAUGGUUUAUCUAAGAUUCUGGAGAGCACGGACAUCCUAAAGGUCAUGCAUGACUGCCGGAGGAUCGCUGGGUGUCUGAUUGUGCAGUUUGGAGUGAACUUGGUGAAUGUGUUUGAUACGCAGGUUGCAGAUGUGAUGCAGUUCUACACAGAGACAGGGGGCUUCUUGCCCACACGGGUGAGCACACUACAAGAGGUCAUUACCCUUAACAUGAAAAUGCCUGUAUCCCGCCUGUCCUCUCUGAGCAUCAAAGAUAAGCUCUGUAUGGAAAACAAAGAAGUCUGGUAUGUCCGUCCUUGUCCUGCUCCGCUCCUAAAAGUCAUGGCUUUGUCAGUGAUCCACCUGCAGCCUCUUCGUCUUAUGCUUUUGGACAUCCUCAUGUCUGACUACACCAGUCUGGUAGACUCUUAUCUAAAGACCGCCCAGGAAAAUCCUGUACGCACAGAGAACAUUGGCAAGACUGGCCUGGAGCUCCCUCAGGAGUUGCGUGAGAUUGAGGUGAUCCGAAGCACGAGACAGAAAUGGGCUCUGGACCACUAUAACAUCACAGAGGAUGGACUUUUGGACCGCUACAGCAUCAAGCCAACUUCAGAGCCAGAGUCAGAGAUUCAGGAACAGCCUGAGAUGCUGGAAUCCAGCCUGGAUGCUGAGAAAAAUGGUCCCUAUUCUGCUGUAACCUCAAGAUUAGGAGGAAGAAGUGUGCUGAGUGUUGAAGAGACCACUACUAUGCCAAGUUUAGGGCGGGGACUUGUACUUCCUGGCCCUGUAGUACCCUUCAGAGAAAGUGCAGUACUCCAAAAAAGCCCUGCAAAGACAGGACCUAUCUCCAUCAUGGGAGGCGUAGCUCAAAAUGGGAUGUGUUUACAGCCAGUCAUGGGGAGAGGAUUUUUUAACAGUUGUUACUAAGGAAAUGAAAGAGGAAUAAAAAGUUAUAUGCAAUGAAGCUCCAUGCUGAUGUUCCCUCAGCUGGCUUUGUGAAGUUUUUUGUUUAUUGUUUCAAACUGUUGCUUGAUUGCAUGAUUUGAAUUUGUUUAUAUGCAAAAAUAUUUGUUUGAUGUUUUUACAAAUGCACCAUGCUAAACUGGUGGCUUAGUUCUUAGCUUCAUUAGCAUGAAAAUUAAAAAAAAAAAGCCUUAAAAGUUACUUGUUGCUUGUAUGAUUUUUUUUUUCUUUUCAUGCUCAUUGUUUGUUUCACUUUUUUUUAGUUCGAUUAAAGAUAAGUGCAGAAAUACUUUAUUUAUUUAUUUAAAAAAAUGUAAUUUCAUGAAUGUGCCUUCUAGCCUAUGCUGGUUUAUUUUAUUUCUGACUGAGCUGCAGUACUGUUGUUGUGUUAGUAGAGGGCAGUGUUGCUUACAGAAUAUAAAAAAUGUUGCAAAUGCUGAGUUUAAUCCGUUUAGUUAACGAGUAACUGAUUAAUAAUUAGUGUUAAAUGUUCUGUAGCUCUCGGAGGGUGAUACUAAUGCAGCAGGAAUGUUGUAAUGCCCCUGUUUUCAUUACUGUACCUCAUUACAAUAAAUGUUCAGUGUCGUGUUUAA